UGGAAAACUGACAUUGCACUUUCCGAAAAACUUCAGCAUUUACUCGCUGAUCAGACUGAAGUUUUUCAUAUUAUCGUAGUGUUUUACAGGUUGCAUUAACAUGGAGUGUGUUUUAGGUAUCUCUUGUAAUGACUUUGUCAUUUUGGCGUCAGAUAUGACCAACGCUCACAGCAUUCUUGUCAACAAACAAGAUGAGGACAAAAUGUUUAAAUUGUCUGAUAGGCUAUUGAUGGCAGUUACGGGAGAAUCUGGAGACACUACACAAUUUGCUGAAUACAUCGAAAAAAACAUUCAGCUCUACAAAAUGAGGAAUGGUUAUGAACUAUCUCCACCUGCAGCUGCCAACUUUACUCGCCGUAACUUGGCUGACUCAUUACGCAGCAGGUCACCCUACAUGGUUAACUUUCUCCUAGCUGGCUACAGCGAAAGAACAGGCCCUGAACUUUACUGGAUGGAUUACCUUGCAUCUAUGAUUAAAACUCCAUUUGCUACUCAUGGAUAUGGAGGCAUGUUCAGCAUUGGUAUUAUGGACCGUUAUUACCGUCCAGAUCUGACGGAAGAAGAAGCAUAUGAUAUCCUGAAAAAGUGCGUUGCGGAAAUCCAAAAGCGCCUUAUAAUCAACCUUCCAAAUUUUCAAGUUAAAGUAUUGGAUAAAAAUGGAAUUCGUGCUUUGAAUGUCAUAAAAUCCCAGAAUUUGACUGCCUAGACAGUCAAUAAUAAACGUCUUGAACUUGUUUAAA